AAGAUUAGUUUACUAAGUAUUAUAGCCAACACAAAUACAAAUCCAUGGACAAAACGGUAUGACGUUAUUCACUUCGAUUUUAAAAACAUUCCAUUUUUAUGGUAUGGCACAUAACAGAAGCCGGGCAAAGAUGAGCUUUUCUGGUGAAUAAAUGAAAAGGCAUGCUAUUAUGCGCAAAGAGGAGGAAUUGCUGCAGUCCAAAUUCCUCUUUGUAGGAUGACAAUUUACAACUUGGCAAUAGACCUUUUUAUGUGCUUCUAUCGCCUGUCAUUGGAUGCCACUGGUCAUGUGCAAGAGGCAAACGUCUUUAUGGCCCUUUUCCCGAUUUCCCAGGCGAUUUUUUCCCUGCAUUCUGCAUCUAUUCCGUCCCAACCUAAACGCAAGUCUGCUCUCUCAAAAUGUGUCUACUUUUACUGGUUGCACGGUGAAUAAUUCGUCCAGAACUAUAACAACUGUAUUACAAUUAGCUUUAUCUGUCACGAAAAGGUUUCAGACCUGUGCAAACUUAAAUAUGUGCCAAAAGGAGAGCCUCGACGCUGCAGACAACAGCAUCAACAUGUUUUACUCAAACAGAACCACAAGACAAGCCAUGGAUUACAUAUCUCCAUUAGGUCCAGGUGGAAGCAAUGAUGAACGCGUGAGGGAAAAUACAAAGGAUUCGCACAAAAUACUGUCACGGAACCCAGAGACGGUGGGAAACACCAACCACGUGGUACAAGAACAUCCAUGCCAUUGGAUAGAGCUACACUGGCCUUUAUGCUCUGAGUUCUCAAAAUGCAGAAAGCUACUUAUUACGAUAACUCUGGACUGUUUGGAAACUACUCCUACCCCAAACCAGACUCCUACAAUUAUGGACCAUCUCAUCAAUCGUACUCAACCUCUAACAUUGAGAAUGAUUAUCAGGGCCCGGUUUGUCCAAUACAGACCUCCACUGUCCGGCCACCAACACUCAAAGACAAUGACAUGAAUGGAAACUGCAUGCGACCAAGCAGCAGCCAAGCCAACAGCCAACCAACCAGUCUGUCAGAGCAGCAGCCUCCCGCACUGACCGCAUCUUCACCAAGCUCCAACACAAACACGUCAUCUCAGAAGAAAAAGUCCCCUUCAAACAGUGCUUCUAAUACUGCCACGCCAGUAAUUACCAAACAAAUAUUCCCGUGGAUGAAGGAGACGAGACAGAACGCAAAACAGAAAGGCAACAACUGCACAUCUGCAGCAGGUGAGCCAUGUGAUGAAAAAAGUCCACCUGGGCCGGCCUCUAAGCGGGUCAGAACUGCCUACACCAGCGCCCAACUCGUAGAACUCGAAAAGGAGUUCCAUUUCAACCGGUACCUUUGUCGCCCCCGAAGAGUGGAAAUGGCUAAUUUAUUGAAUCUCACAGAGCGCCAAAUAAAGAUCUGGUUUCAAAAUAGAAGGAUGAAAUACAAAAAGGAUCAGAAAUCGAAGGGGAUAAUGCACUCUCCAAUCGGACACUCCCCGGACAGAAGCCCACCAUUAAGUGGCCCAAAUCACAUUGGAUAUUCUGGUCAGCUCCCUCAUGUAAACAGCCUGAGCUAUGAUGCGCCCUCGCCUCCGUCAUUCGCCAAACCGCAGCAAAACGUGUACGGCUUGGCUGCGUACACGGCACCAUUAGGAGGCUGCAUACCGCAACAGAAAAGGUACCCAGGCUCCGAAUACGAACACCACAGCAUGCAAGGCAAUGGUGGUUUUGCCAACGCUAAUUUACAAGGCAGUCCCGUGUAUGUUGGGGGGAAUUUCGUUGAUUCCAUGCCAGCCUCGGGCCCCAUGUUCAACCUCGGCCAUCUUCCUCAUCCUUCAUCCGCCAGCGUGGACUACAGCUGUGCCGCCCAGAUUCCAGGAAACCACCACCAUGGACCCUGUGACCCCCACCCCACAUACACAGACCUCACCUCUCACCAUGCGUCUCAGGGAAGGAUCCAAGAAGCGCCUAAACUUACGCAUUUGUAAUAUUGAGGAUUCCCAUCUGUGUGCCCAAAUUAUAUGUUACGCUCUUUUAUUACCUCACUAUUCAAAAGUAAUUUAUAUGAUUACACUCCAAGCGAGUCACGUGUAUUACAGUAUUAUUAUUGCUAUUACUAUUAAUGCUAUU